CUUGCUCCCUCCAAACCCGUCUUUAAGUAAGAAACAGCUACGUCGUCGUUUUCGUCCCAAUCCUAUAUUGCAACAAGUUUACACUCCUUUAAGCUCUGGUCUGUAUUAUCCAUUUCUCAAUCACAGCCAAGUACACGCAAGCAACGAAAAUGGCAGCCAUGGCUGCACUUCAGACCUCCAUGACCUCUCUUUCUCUCUCCUCUAACUCCUUCCUGGGCCAACGACUCUUACCCCCUACUCUUUACCCAGUCCCGGCUAAUUUAACAGCGAAGCCUUGCCUCAUUGUAGUGAAGCUCAAGCGAUGGGAGCGGAAGGAAUGCAAGCCAAACAGCCUUCCUGUUUUACACAAAAUGCAUGUUAAGGUUGGAGAUACGGUGAAAGUUAUAUCUGGGCAUGAAAAGGGUAAAACUGGAGAGAUAACAAAGAUCUAUAAGCACAAUAGUACUGUGAUAGUUAAAGACAUAAACUUAAAGACGAAGCAUAUGAAGAGCAGGGAAGAGGGUGAACCAGGACAGAUUAUUAAGGUAGAAGGAGCUAUCCACAGCUCGAAUGUGAUGCUUUACUCAAAAGAAAAGGAUGUAGCAAGUCGAGUGGGUCAUAAGAUUCUGGAAAAUGGACAACGAGUUCGCUACCUCAUCAAAACUGGUGAAAUAGUAGAUAAUGUAGAGAACUGGAAGAAACUGAAGGAAGAAAAAAGGAAAACUGAAGUAGCUGCCACUUCUGCAUAAGGAUCCAAUUCUUGCCUGAACAAUGUUGUAGUUUAGACACUAGAUGUAUUGAUAUCAUUUUGUGGUUUGUAUUGGUUCAAUACCUUGGCAUGCCCCUUGACUGAUGCACAUGCAACAGGGUAAUAUAAGUUUGUGUAUUUGUGUUGGUUGAAUGACAAAUUAGAAUGUUGAUCUUUCUCCAAAA